AUGCACGGCGCGGCUGGCUUCUCGAAAAUUAUCUACAUGUCGGAUUUAGUGUUCGAAAGACCGACACUUGCGCUAGUGUGGUUUCGACUAGCGCCUAGCCCGAAGGCACAAGAAGUGACCAAGAUCCUACCAGAUCGCUGA